UUUUCACGAAACCCUAAUUUCAAAAGGUCGCUCACGCCACCACCGUCUGAAGCCGAAUUCAUUCAUCGCAGAUUCAUAUAGGUUAUAGAACAAUGGCGAAAUCAAUUAGGUCAAAAAGAGAGAAGAGACUUAGGGCUAUUCGAAGAGAAAUCGUCAAGAAGGAACCUUUCUACGAGAAUAAAGAAGCUGCAAAACUCGCUGCUCAGGAAGCUGCUCUUUCUGCCCCAAAGUUGCCUGUCAAAACUCCAAAAAACGAUGAUUCUGUUUCCAUGAUAGAAGGUGAAGUUGCCGCCAAUGCCACUACCUCUGCCUUGACCGCGAACACCAUGGAUAUGGAUACGGAUGAGGGGGAUAAGAACUACCUAAAACCUACUGGUGGAAUUGGGAAGAAAAUGAAGAAGAAAAUCAAGAUAGCCAAAAAGAAGUCACGCGGUAAGGGCAAGAUCCGAAGGAAGAACAUCUAAUCAGGAGGAGAAGCAAUUUCAUAUUGUUAAGUGUCAAUGUUAUCUUUCAAUAUGAUGACAAAUUUUAUUCUUAGCUGUCUUUUUUUGUUUGCAAUAUUACUAUUACUAUUAUAUCUUGACAAUUCAUUAUAGUUAUUGUGUUUUUAUAGACCAAUCUUAGUUCUUCUAAAUCAAAAUCCUUUGUGUUUUUCUCA